CUUGACUUCUCCUGUAUAAAGAAAAAGGGUCGCAACUUUCACUCCCCAUCAACGGAUAUCCUCUCGUCUUGCGUCAAUCAUCAUCGAUUGCUCCAACCUCUGAUCUCAACUUAUCUGUCAUCCAUCAAAGAUGAAGCAAAAGAUCGUGAUGAAGGUGUACAUGAAAUGCGAUAAAUGCAGAACCAAGGCACUCAAAGUCGCGGCAUCAACCAAUGGGGUGAGCUUUGUGGGAAUAGAAGGAGAUUGGAAAGAGAAAGUGGUGGUGAUUGGAGAUGGAGUAGACGCUGUGAAGCUCACAAUCUGUUUGAGGAAAAAGGUUGGCCAAGCUGAUAUUGUCAGCGUCGCAGCAGCCUAACCUAAUUUCAGGCAUGAAAGUGAUGCUCUGUUUCUGGUUUCACACUCUGUUUCUUCUUCUUCUUUCUGUCUGUCACUUUCAAACCUUCCUUUUUCAGAGUUUGUCGUGGAGAAUUCGGAGUUAGAAUAUUAUAAUUUGUUUUUUUGGUUUACAUCUUGAGAGGAAUGCCAUGACGAAGGAAGAUGUAAUGAAUAAUGACAGAGAGAAACAGAGCAAUUGGAGAGUCUCUAUAUUGUGCAAAAGCUUGUGCGGAUUUAGCAAUUCUUGCAACAGUUGAGUAAUAAACUGCUUUGUCAAGUGUUGUUCAUC